AUGCUAGGAUCCGACAUUGCAUCGAAACGAAAGCGUACGCGGCAAGAUUAUCGUUAUUUUCUAGAAUAUCGAUUGCGAUGGGAUGAUAAUGAUAUUUUCGGCCACAUGAAUAACCCCAAGUACGGUGUACUGUGUGAUAGCAUAGCCAAUCAGUACUUGAUUGACGAAUGUGGCUACAAAACGUCCAAAAGCCCCCAAGCAGCUAUCAUUGUCAAUACGUAUUUCGAUUAUUUCGGAUCCGUGGAGUAUCCCAGCGUUAUAGACAUUGGGCUCCGAGUAGCCAAGCUUGGAAAGACCAGCGUGGUUUAUGAAGUGGGGGUUUUCAAGAAAGGGGAUGAAGCAGUCAAGGCGGUAGGUGGAUCGAUGCAUGUCUGGGUUGAGGCGAAGGAUGGCAUAUUAGGUCGACCAUCGGAGCAAGGAAUGCCUUCGCAUGUCAGAGAAGGAUAUCUGGCAUUGACGGAGGAGGCAGGACUCAAGUUGAAGAUAUGA